ACUAUAUCAGACACAAACCUCUCGAAGAACGAUCUAGAAGCAAUUUGCUGUAGUCUUGGAAUCUCAACAGAAGGGACUAAGGCUGACCAAUACAAAAAAGAAGGGGAAAAUGAGAUACAUGAACUUGACCCCAAAAUAGAAACGCUAAGAGAAAUGGUUCAAAAAUCAAGAGAGAAAACCAAGAUCUUAUCAUCAAGAAUAGAUACCCAAGUUGAAGAAGGGCAAAGUUUCUAA